GGAUCCCACUCUGUUGCCUAGGCUGGAGUGCCGCCCAGAUCUCGGCUCACUGCAGCCUCCAUCUCCAGGGCUCAAGCGAUCCUGCCGCCUCAGCCCCCCGCGUAGCUGGGACCACAGGCGCGCGCCAGCAGAUCUCAGUUCUCUCAACAGGACUCUCAUUGCUAAGAUCCAAGGAUCCAUUAAUUUCCUUUUCCUUAACUCUUCUCGCCUCUGCAGCUUUCUUUCCUCAUCCACUUUUUAAACAAACGCAGGCUUAAAAAGCGGGGAAUAUACCCGCCACCCUCUCGGCUCCCGAACCGCUCUUUCCCUCCCUCUGCCGGCCACGCCUCUUAUAGGCCCGGAAGUUUACCCCACCUUGCAUCGUGAUUCACCGGAAGCACUCUAGGGAGCACUGCAGCUUCCGCGCCGGCCCAGUUUUGCUCCGAAAGACUUGCAGAGGGGGGAGCUUGCGGUGCGUUCUGGGAAGGUUGCUGGGCCAGCUCUUUUGUUUCCAGCCUGAGCGUUGCGUUCGGUUUCCCGAGGGUCUUCUGGGGCACCGCGGCUCCGGGGUUCUGGGUUCCCGGCUCUCCGCAGGGAAGCCUCCUCUUAGUACCUCGUUUUUGGGCUCGUGGGGGGUCCUCCCACCGCUGGCCAACGCAGCCAGCAUGUCCGGGGUGCGCGCAGUGCGGAUCAGCAUCGAAUCGGCCUGCGAGAAGCAGGUCCAUGAGGUGGGCCUGGAUGGCACCGAGACGUACCUGCCGCCGCUGUCCAUGUCGCAGAAUCUGGCGCGUCUGGCCCAGCGGAUAGACUUCAGCCAGGGUUCGGGCUCCGAGGAGGAGGAGGCGGCAGGGACCGAGGGCGACGCGCAGGACUGGCCGGGCGCCGGGUCCAGCGCAGACCAGGACGACGAGGAAGGAGUGGUAAAAUUUCAGCCUUCCCUUUGGCCUUGGGACUCAGUGAGGAACAAUUUGAGAAGUGCCCUGACAGAGAUGUGUGUUCUCUAUGACGUUCUCAGUAUUGUUAGGGAUAAAAAAUUUAUGACUCUUGAUCCUGUCUCUCAAGAUGCACUUCCUCCAAAACAGAAUCCUCAGACAUUGCAAUUGAUAUCUAAAAAGAAGUCACUUGCUGGAGCAGCACAAAUCCUAUUGAAGGGGGCAGAAAGGCUGACUAAAUCAGUUACCGAAAACCAAGAAAACAAGCUACAAAGAGACUUCAAUUCUGAGCUUUUGCGAUUACGGCAACACUGGAAACUUCGAAAAGUUGGAGAUAAAAUUCUCGGAGAUCUGAGCUACAGAAGUGCAGGAUCUCUCUUUCCUCAUCAUGGUACAUUUGAAGUAAUAAAGAAUACAGAUCUCGAUCUGGAUAAAAAGAUACCUGAAGAUUACUGUCCUCUUGAUGUCCAAAUUCCUAGUGAUUUAGAGGGGUCUGCAUAUAUCAAGGUUUCAAUACAAAAACAGGCUCCAGAUAUAGGUGACCUCGGCACAGUUAACCUCUUCAAACGACCUUUGCCCAAAUCCAAACCAGGUUCCCCACAUUGGCAGACAAAAUUAGAAGCGGCACAGAAUGUUCUCUUAUGUAAAGAAAUUUUUGCACAGCUCUCUCGGGAAGCUGUUCAAAUUAAAUCACAAAUCCCUCACAUUGUGGUGAAAAACCAGAUUAUCUCUCAGCCCUUUCCGAGCUUGCAGUUAUCUAUUUCUUUGUGCCAUUCCUCAAAUGAUAAGAAAUCCCAAAAAUUUGCUACUGAGAAGCAAUGUCCAGAGGACCACCUUUAUGUCCUAGAGCAUAAUUUGCAUCUACUGAUUAGAGAGUUUCAUAAACAGACCUUGAGUUCCAUCAUGAUGCCUCAUCCAGCAAGUGCACCUUUUGGCCACAAGAGAAUGAGACUUUCGGGUCCUCAAGCUUUUGAUAAAAAUGAAAUUAAUUCAUUACAGUCCAGUGAAGGGCUUCUGGAAAAAAUAAUUAAACAAGCAAAGCAUAUUUUUCUAAGGAGUAGAGCUGCUGCAACCAUUGACAGCUUAGCAAGCAGAAUUGAGGAUCCUCAGAUACAGGCUCAUUGGUCAAAUAUCAAUGAUGUUUAUGAAUCUAGUGUGAAAGUUUUAAUCACAUCACAAGGCUAUGAACAAAUAUGCAAGUCCAUUCAACUGCAAUUGAAUAUUGGAGUUGAGCAGAUUCGAGUUGUACAUAGAGAUGGAAGAGUAAUUACACUGUCUUAUCAGGAGCAGGAGCUACAGGAUUUUCUUCUGUCUCAGAUGUCACAGCACCAGGUACAUGCAGUUCAGCAACUCGCCAAGGUUAUGGGCUGGCAAGUACUGAGCUUCAGUAAUCAUGUGGGACUUGGACCUAUAGAGAGCAUUGGUAAUGCAUCUGCCAUCACGGUGGCCUCCCCGAGUGGUGACUAUGCUAUUUCAGUUCGUAAUGGACCUGAAAGUGGCAGCAAGAUUAUGGUUCAGUUUCCUCGUAACCAAUGUAAAGACCUUCCAAAAAGUGAUGUUUUACAAGAUAACAAAUGGAGUCAUCUUCGUGGGCCAUUCAAAGAAGUUCAGUGGAAUAAAAUGGAAGGUCGAAAUUUUGUUUAUAAAAUGGAGCUGCUUAUGUCUGCACUUAGCCCUUGUCUACUAUGAUUUUUUCCAGAUGUUUCCUAAAGACGUUUCCAGAAACUUUGACUUGAAAUGUUUGCAGAUCAACUAUAAGCACAAAGAAGAGAUAACUUCCAAAAGAGUGCUGUUUUUAAAAAUAAUAAUUAGGAAAUGUUUAUUUAGCACUUUGAAACUUUUCACUUUAUAAAUGACAAGUGCUUUGAAAUGCAGAAGUUUAUGUACAGUUGUAUAUACAGUAUGACAGGAUGUAAAAUAAUACGUUUUUCAUGCAGUUUAAAAUAUUACUAACUUAAGGGUUUCUAUUUGCUUUUUAAAAUAUUCCUUCUUUGAUGUUGACCUCAAAUAAAGUGUGUGGUUUAAAAAAUCUCCAAAUAUUUUUUCCCCCCAAAUACUUUCUUUCCCCCCAAAUACUUUCUAAACUUUUUUUUUUUUUUUUUUUUUUUUUUGAGAUGGUAUCUCACUCUGUAGCCCAGUCUGGAGUGCAGUGGUGUGAUCAUGGCUCACUGCAGUCUUGACCUCCCAGGCUUAGGUGAUCCUUCUGUCUCAGCCUUCCGAGUAGCUGGGACCACAGGCAUGCACUACCACGCCUGGCUAAUUUUUGUAUUUUUUAUAAAGACAGGGUUUUUCCAUGUUGCCCAGGCUGGUUUCGAACUUGGCUCAAGUGGUCUACCUGCCUCUGCCUCCCAAAGUGCUAGGAUUACAGGCGUGAGCCACCAUGCCCAGCCUACUCUCUAAAUUCUUGAUAACCUCUUCCUCCAGUUGUCUCCUUUAAGCUUUCCUGGGUCUAACCUACAUAGGUAAUUUAAGAACAUCCUCAGAAAGGACAGCUGAAGGCAUAGGAGGCAGAUUAUCUCUUUAGGGCGUCCUAAAGUUUUUUUGGUCUGUUCUCCCACUUGAAUGACCUCACCAGUUGAGACACCUAGUGUAUGGCUCAUGCCCAGCCUUCCACCUGGGAUUCUCUAGCCUCCACCCAGCAACCCUGGAUUGCUUUCUCCAAUUAAGGCCUUUCCAUUAGCUCUCUGCUUUUUCAAAGGGAAAAAACUAAUGGAUUAGUGGAUUAUCUUUUCCAAGGAACAGGUUUGCACUUCCUGGAAAUAGUGCCUAAAAUAUGCCCAUUAAUAUGAGGAUAGAUUUAGGCUUAUAAGCCUUUUGGUACCACUGAAAGUAGUAUCAUAUAGGUGAGCUCUCCUUAUAAGUAAGGCUUUCAAUUUUUAAAACAGACAUCCUGCUUUAACAAUUUGUAAGAUGACUGUGCAGUAAUAAAAGUCCUUUGUAUUUC